AUGUUCCAUCCAGCCAGCGCAGUACCUACCUUCCUCCUGAUGGUGGUGCUGUCCUUCUCCAGCCUGGACUCCUUCAAAAUCUGCUCCUACAACAUCCCACAGUUCAGCAAAACCAAAUCCAGUGACUACAGGGUCAUCCACACCCUGACCCGGGUGUUGUCUCGCUGUGACAUCUCGCUGCUGAUGGACGUUCAAGAUCCUGCCGCAGUCACGACUCUGCUGUCAGCGCUCAACAGGUACACGCACAGAGAAGGCAGCAGGUACACACAGAAGUUAAAAUAUCAGUCCAUGUCCAGUAAUGCUUUGGGAAACGACCCCAAAGAUAUGCAGUACUACACUUUCAUCUACAGAACGCAGACUGUUAAUCUCACUGGACAGCACCAGCACCAGAGCUCUGCCUUCGUCCGACCUCCCUUUACUGCUCGCUUCCAAACCAACACCACGGCGGUGCCGGAGUUCAUCCUCGUCCCUCUGCACUCGGAACCAACCAAAGCUGUUCAGGAAAUGGACAAACUGGUGGAUGUGUUUGAGGAGGUGGUCGACAAGUGGAACAACACGAAUGUGAUGUUCCUCGGAGACUUCCAUGCCGGUUGUGGGUACAUGACUCGCGCCGACAAAAAGGACAUCCGGCUUUUCACCAACACCAGCUUCUCCUGGUUAAUCACAGAUCGGACUGACACGACCGUGACAGACCAGACCAACUGCCCUUAUGACCGAGUGGUCGUUCAUGGGCAGUCUUUUCUGAAGCAGAUCAAGCCGUACUCCGCCAAAGUCUUCAACCCCAUCAAGCAUUUUAAAAUCCAGUCCAGACAGGUCCUCUGUCAGGUCCUCUGUCAGGUCCUCUCUCAGGUCCUCUCUCAGGUCCUCUGUCAGGUCCUCUGUCAGGUCCUCUGUCAGGUCCUCUGUCAGGUCCUCUGUCAGGUCCUCUGUCAGGUCCUCUGUCAGGUCCUCUGUCAGGUUCUCUGUCAGGUCCUCUGUCAGGUCCUCUCUCAGGUCCUCUCUCAGGUCCUCUGUCAGGUCCUCUGUCAGGUCCUCUGUCAGGUCCUCUGUCAGGUCCUCUGUCAGGUCCUCUGUCAGGUCCUCUGUCAGGUCCUCUGUCAGGUCCUCUGUCAGGUCCUCUGUCAGGUCCUCUCUCAGGUCCUCUCUCAGGUCCUCUCUCAGGUCCUCUGUCAGGUCCUCUGUCAGGUCCUCUGUCAGGUCCUCUGUCAGGUCCUCUGUCAGGUCCUCUGUCAGGUCCUCUGUCAGGUCCUCUCUCAGGUCCUCUCUCAGGUCCUCUGUCAGGUCCUCUGUCAGGUCCUCUGUCAGGUCCUCUGUCAGGUCCUCUGUCAGGUCCUCUGUCAGGUCCUCUGUCAGGUCCUCUGUCAGGUCCUCUGUCAGGUCCUCUGUCAGGUCCUCUGUCAGGUCCUCUGUCAGGUCCUCUGUCAGGUCCUCUGUCAGGUCCUCUCUCAGGUCCUCUGUCAGGUCCUCUGUCAGGUCCUCUGUCAGGUCCUCUGUCAGGGACUCUGUCAGGUCCUCUGUCAGGUCCUCUGUCAGGUCCUCUGUCAGGUCCUCUGUCAGGUCCUCGUUCUCUGUCAGGUCCUCUGUCAGGUCCUCUGUCAGGUCCUCUGUCAGGUCCUCUGUCAGGUCCUCUGUCAGGUCCUCUGUCAGGUCCUCUCUCAGGUCCUCUGUCAGGUCCUCUGUCAGGUCCUCUGUCAGGUCCUCUGUCAGGUCCUCUCUCAGGUCCUCUCUCAGGUCCUCUCUCAGGUCCUCUGUCAGGUCCUCUGUCAGGUCCUCUGUCAGGUUCUCUGUCAGGUUCUCUGUCAGGUCCUCUGUCAGGUCCUCUGUCAGGUCCUCUCUCAGGUCCUCUCUCAGGUCCUCUCUCAGGUCCUCUGUCAGGUCCUCUGUCAGGUCCUCUGUCAGGUCCUCUGUCAGGUCCUCUGUCAGGUCCUCUGUCAGGUCCUCUGUCAGGUCCUCUGUCAGGUCCUCUGUCAGGUCCUCUCUCAGGUCCUCUGUCAGGUCCUCUGUCAGGUCCUCUGUCAGGUCCUCUGUCAGGUCCUCUGUCAGGUCCUCUCUCAGGUCCUCUCUCAGGUCCUCUCUCAGGUCCUCUGUCAGGUCCUCUGUCAGGUCCUCUGUCAGGUCCUCUCUCAGGUCCUCUCUCAGGUCCUCUCUCAGGUCCUCUGUCAGGUCCUCUGUCAGGUCCUCUGUCAGGUCCUCUGUCAGGUCCUCUGUCAGGUCCUCUGUCAGGUCCUCUGUCAGGUCCUCUGUCAGGUCCUCUCUCAGGUCCUCUCUCAGGUCCUCUGUCAGGUCCUCUGUCAGGUCCUCUGUCAGGUCCUCUGUCAGGUCCUCUGUCAGGUCCUCUCUCAGGUCCUCUCUCAGGUCCUCUGUCAGGUCCUCUGUCAGGUCCUCUCUCAGGUCCUCUGUCAGGUCCUCUCUCAGGUCCUCUGUCAGGUCCUCUGUCAGGUCCUCUGUCAGGUCCUCUGUCAGGUCCUCUCUCAGGUCCUCUCUCAGGUCCUCUCUCAGGUCCUCUGUCAGGUCCUCUGUCAGGUCCUCUGUCAGGUCCUCUGUCAGGUCCUCUGUCAGGUCCUCUGUCAGGUCCUCUGUCAGGUCCUCUGUCAGGUCCUCUGUCAGGUCCUCUCUCAGGUCCUCUCUCAGGUCCUCUGUCAGGUCCUCUGUCAGGUCCUCUGUCAGGUCCUCUGUCAGGUCCUCUGUCAGGUCCUCUGUCAGGUCCUCUCUCAGGUCCUCUCUCAGGUCCUCUCUCAGGUCCUCUGUCAGGUCCUCUGUCAGGUCCUCUGUCAGGUCCUCUGUCAGGUUCUCUGUCAGGUCCUCUGUCAGGUCCUCUGUCAGGUCCUCUGUCAGGUCCUCUGUCAGGUCCUCUGUCAGGUCCUCUGUCAGGUCCUCUGUCAGGUCCUCUCUCAGGUCCUCUCUCAGGUCCUCUGUCAGGUCCUCUCUCAGGUCCUCUGUCAGGUCCUCUGUCAGGUCCUCUGUCAGGUCCUCUGUCAGGUCCUCUGUCAGGUCCUCUGUCAGGUCCUCUGUCAGGUCCUCUGUCAGGUCCUCUGUCAGGUCCUCUGUCAGGUUCUCUGUCAGGUCCUCUGUCAGGUCCUCUCUCAGGUCCUCUCUCAGGUCCUCUGUCAGGUCCUCUCUCAGGUCCUCUGUCAGGUCCUCUGUCAGGUCCUCUGUCAGGUCCUCUGUCAGGUCCUCUGUCAGGUUCUUUGUCCUCUGUCAGGUCCUCUGUCAGGUCCUCUGUCAGGUCCUCUGUCAGGUCCUCUGUCAGGUCCUCUGUCAGGUUCUCUGUCAGGUCCUCUGUCAGGUCCUCUCUCAGGUCCUCUCUCAGGUCCUCUGUCAGGUCCUCUCUCAGGUCCUCUGUCAGGUCCUCUGUCAGGUCCUCUGUCAGGUCCUCUGUCAGGUCCUCUGUCAGGUUCUUUGUAG